AUGGCAAAGCUGUCUCUUUCUGGUUUGAUCCGUGGCACCUUAAUGGCCCGCUUAACCUCCUUUUCUCCAACCAAGCAAAUAUACAGAUCGGGGAUUCCUCGAACUGCUUCCGUGGUUGAUGCAUUUUCUUCGCCUCUUGGGUGGUAUGUCAUUAAUAUUAUGGCUGAUUGGUGGGAUCCUCUUCCUCAACUUACCCAGCUGAGGACUGCUUCCAAUGGAUUCGUCAUCCCUCGGGCGGUUCUCUUCGGCUUCGCGUAUGACCUCUUUAGACCGAAAGGAAAUGUGGUGCCGUGGUCUUCUUUUGUGUGGAGUACAGCCAUGCCGCCUAGGUACCAAACCCAUUUGUGGCUUAUUGCCCGUAAUAGGCUGCCUACUCAAGUUAUGCUCCUCUCUUGGGCAGCGAUUCCAGCAGCCUCUUGCCCGUUUUGCUCGAGCAGACCCGAUUCCGUGGAUCAUCUGUUCUUUGCUUGUCGUGUUCCAGGUAACCUUGCUUCCUAUUGGGCUGCAAAGUUUAAUGUCAGUUGGCGCAAUAAAUCGUGGCGGGAAAAUCUUGAUUGGGCCUCCAAUCGUUUCUCGGUGGGGGAUUCUAUCAAUCUCUCGGCUCGUUUUAGCUAUGGUGCUCUUUGUUAUAUCAUAUGGAAAGAACGCAACAAUAUGAUUUUUAGAAAUCAGGCCCUCUUUAUCCCGGCGAUGAAGAUGCAUCUUUGCAAGGCCGUCAAAGACAAAGCAAUGACAUUCAAGCAUGUGGUGGAUAUCCCGAAGAAUAGACGGCUGCAGCGGAGUUGGGACUUAAGUCCUUCUAUUUUCUUGUAA